CGACGAGCGAUUUGCCUUCUGUCUCUCUCUCCCCCUCUCUUGCAGAAGACUUCUUCGUCGUGAUGACGGCCAGAAUUUCGGCCGCUGCGGCCUCCACGACGUGCUGCCUCUGCCGUAAAGUUCCGAUCGUCCGUCUCCGUGGCGCGAGCGGGAACGGCUGCGUCUUCUUCCUCCGGCGGCGCGACAGGUCGCCGGGGUUGCGGAAGCUGACCGUCUGCUUCUUCAUGGAGAAGAGGAACGAAACGGCUGACCAUAAGCUAAGACUUGAAAAGAAAUCGGGAGAAGGAGGAGCGGAGGAGGAGCUCUGGAAGAAUGAGGAGGGAGAGGAGGACAAUGAGCUUCCUGAGUUGACGCUCCCUGUGGCACCGACGAACCAGAGGCAGAUGGAGCGAUCGGCGAGGAGGAAGAUGGAGAGGUACACCUACUUAACGGCCGCCAUACUUUCGAGCGUCGGGAUCACGUCCAUGGCUGCCGCUUCCGUCUACUACAGAUUCGCGUGGCAAAUGGAGGGCGGGGAGGUGCCGAUGACGGAGAUGUUGGGAACCUUCGCCCUUUCCGUUGGAGCCGCGGUGGGUAUGGAGUUCUGGGCGCGAUGGGCUCACCGUGCCCUUUGGCACGCCUCUAUGUGGGCUAUGCAUGAGUCGCAUCACCGGCCGAGAGAGGGUCCGUUCGAACUCAACGACGUGUUCGCCAUCAUCAACGCCGUGCCGGCCAUUGCCCUCCUUCACUUCGGCUUCUUUCACAGGGGCCUCUUCCCCGGCCUGUGCUUUGGUGCUGGUCUUGGUAUAACGGUGUAUGGAAUGGCCUACAUGUUUGUGCACGACGGUCUGGUCCACAAGAGGUUUCCGGUUGGGCCGAUCGCCGAUGUGCCAUACCUUCGCCGCGUGGCUUCUGCUCAUCAGAUCCACCACGCAGACAAGUUUGACGGAGUGCCCUAUGGACUCUUCCUUGGUCCAAAGGAAGUGGAAGAGGUGGGAGGAUUGGAAGAGUUGGACAAGGAGAUUAGGAGAAGGAUGAAGGCUUCCAAUAACAGAAGCAGUCAUGUUUCCACCAAAGAAUAAAAACAGUCGAAAGAAAGAAGGCUUGUGCUUCCUUUUUUCCUCUUCAUAGUUCCACUGUCACUGUAAUUAUCCCAGUCCUUACCUAAAUGCUUUGCAAGAGAAAAUGGCAUGAGGUGCAUAUAGCUUGCAAAAGGGAAUGGGUUCAAUUCGUUGUGUUGUCCUUAAGUGCUUCUUAUAUGAUCGUUCGAUAUUCAAAUUA